CUCGCGGACCGAUCGCGCAGUUCGUUGACGUCACUCGUACCGUGCGGUCGUUGUUCGUUUCGUUUCGUGCGUGCCUUUCCUACUUGCAUUUGCACCACCGUGCGUACUGCAACUGCAACGCUUGCCUGUCACAUUUUGUGUUACAAUUUCGCUAUUUUCAUGUUUCGAGAAGAUAGUUAAUGCAUUUUACAACAGUACUUAGAUGGUUCAAAGUCGGAAAGAAGCAUUCUUUUUCGUGGAAGGUAUUUAGAGAGGAAGAAAGAAACGAAGCAGUCGCACACUUCUGGAUGCAACUUCGAUCCGAUUUCUCCGGGUGGUGGUGUUUGUGUAACAGCUCGGGGCGCUGGUAGUGGUGCGGUUCUGUUUUUGUGUUGUAGCACUGCUGUCAAAAUUUGUCAUUGAGGGUGUUCCAUCUUUUGCUGCAGGAUCUCUGGCGAACAAUGCAUGGUUUAUUUCGUGAGAAUAUAUUAUACAGUUUAUAACUAUUAUUUAAGAGUAUUCCCUGAAAUAAGGAUCCUUAUGAGGAUGAUUUCCGUGGUUCUAAUUUGAAGCAACCAAGGUAGUGAUCUGCCCUUCCAUAAUUUGAUCCGAGUUUCCGUGUGCGAGUGAAUUACGAAAGGAAGAGGUGAAUAAAAACGGUGCACGAUCUUGCUGGUGUUUGUGCAUUCCUCGUGUCGAAAGUAUCGCCAAGAAGCUUAUUUGAAGAGUCAUCGGAAGAGCCUAAAAAGUGGAUGAUUCCCAGUGAGUGUAAUUUGUGACCAAUUCGUAAAGUAUACAUCUCGGAAGUGCAAAUUCUGUCGUCGGAAUACAUCCUGAGCCGAUUCAACUCGAUUGCUAGCAUCCGUCCCGUAAACGAUAGAGAGGGUCGAAGAAAUUUGUUACCCCUGUCCCGAAGUCGUAAGCCAACAAAAUAGACGACAACAGCAGCACCGAGAUGAUGAAAAUGGAGACCGAUAAAAUAAUGGACGAGUCCAACAACAGCAGCCCACAGUUCACCACAUCGAUACUGUACGAUCCGGCGCGGAAGAAAGAGCCUUCACAGUCAUUCCAGACCGAACGGGAUGCCUGUCUUUCCUACUUCACGAAAUGGAACGAAUCGGACCAAGUGGACUUUGUCGAGCAGCUCCUGUCGCGCAUGUGUCAUUACCAGCACGGACACAUCAAUGCCUACCUGAAACCGAUGUUGCAGCGGGAUUUCAUCACACUGUUACCUACAAAGGGACUGGAUCAUGUAGCAGAAAACAUCCUCUCCUAUCUGGACGCCAAAUCACUGUGCCGAGCAGAGCGUGUAUGCAAAGAGUGGUCCCGAGUCAUAUCAGAGGGCAUGCUAUGGAAAAAACUAAUAGAACGGAACGUUCGUACCGAUUCCCUCUGGCGAGGGCUUGCGGAACGAAAAGGAUGGAUUAAAUAUCUGUUCAUACCGCGACCGGGUGUAACACAUAGACCGCACAAAUUUUACCGUGAGCUGUUCCCGAAAAUAAUGAAAGAUAUCGAAGCGAUCGAGAACAAUUGGCGCACCGGUAAUCACAACCUGCAGCGAAUAAACUGUCGAUCGGAGAACUCGAAAGGCGUGUACUGUCUACAGUACGACGAUGAUAAGAUCGUGUCCGGUCUCAGAGAUAAUACAAUUAAAAUCUGGGACCGCAAUUCGCUUCAAUGUUGUAAGAUUUUAACCGGUCAUACCGGAUCAGUACUUUGUCUGCAAUAUGACGACAAAGUGAUCAUCAGCGGUUCCAGUGAUUCCACGGUCCGCGUGUGGGACGUAAACUCUGGUGAUAUGGUUAACACACUGAUACAUCACUGCGAAGCGGUGCUGCAUUUACGCUUCAACAACGGCAUGAUGGUGACCUGUUCCAAGGAUCGCUCGAUUGCCGUGUGGGACAUGACAUCGCCUACGGAGAUUGCCCUCCGGCGGGUACUGGUAGGCCAUCGGGCUGCUGUUAAUGUAGUGGAUUUUGACGAGAAAUACAUUGUCUCGGCUUCCGGUGAUCGCACGAUCAAAGUGUGGAACACUUCGACGUGCGAGUUUGUACGCACCCUCAAUGGUCACAAGCGCGGCAUCGCGUGUCUUCAGUACCGGGACCGGCUGGUUGUUAGCGGUAGUUCAGAUAAUUCUAUAAGACUUUGGGACAUCGAAUGUGGUACCUGUUUGCGGAUUCUCGAGGGUCACGAAGAGCUCGUCCGCUGCAUUCGAUUCGACUCGAAACGCAUCGUGAGCGGUGCUUACGAUGGCAAAAUCAAGGUGUGGGAUCUCCAAGCUGCCUUAGACAUUCGAGCGCAGACCAACACGCUGUGCUUAAAGACGUUAAUGGAACACACGGGCCGCGUCUUCCGGCUUCAGUUCGACGAGUUCCAGAUAGUGAGUAGCUCCCACGAUGAUACCAUCCUGAUAUGGGACUUUCUGAAUUGCUCUCAAAAGGACGAAUCGACGACGCCCCAAGCUAUGGUCCAGGUGGGCCGAAGUCCAUCACGUGAGUAUUCCUCCUCUGCUGCCGUUGGCGGCCGAGCUCAACCCCAGCAAGAGACUGACGAUGACGACGCAUACUGAACGAAAGAAUAACAAACAAACAAAAAUCGGAAACCGGAUCAAAAUAAACCAACCAACCAACCAACAAAAACCCAUCGCAAGUCAGAUGUGCCCACAAACACCUUCGAACCAACAAACCUAUUGCUUAUUCUUGUUUUUCUCUUCUCUCCUACACAACGUUACGUUCGUUCGGGUGUGAUGUGCCGUGUACGUGGGAUCGUUCGAAAUAAUAGCUGAAAUCACGUAAGGAUUUGCCGGGACAAUGUAUUUAGUAGGACCCGUUUAUCAUAUGCAGUAGAAACCAGUCAGAAAAUAACAACCAGACAUAUAACAAAAACACAACCUCACUCACACACACAUACAUUCUUUCGACGAUUCGCUGGACGUUUCACGCAUAUUUGUAUGUGCGCGUGAAGCAGGAACAUAUAGAAAGCUUUGCGCAAACAGGAUAACAAACAGAUGAUUACAAAUAAGAUUAUAUUCGGUAUACAAUAUUUGAAAAUAAACAUACUGUUGGCCACAACAAAAGCAAAAUAUUGAAAUAGUUGACCGUGCAGUGGAAGAACCACACAAGCGAGAAGACGAAACAAACUAUACUGUUUUAGUUAAUCGGUGCACUUUUGUGUGUGUAUGUGGUUAUCGUGUAUGUGUGUUAAUUUUCUAUGAAAUGAACUAUGAAAUUCUAUUUGUUGCAACAAAUUCCUGACGAACCCGAGAUAAAAAGUCCACAAUUUGAUUUGAGCGGGUUGUAUUUGAAUGAAUGGCGGAAAGUUUAGAAGGCUUAUGAAGUAAAUUUAUCUCAGAUAAGAAUUUCAUUCUACUGUCUUUGAUCGAAAUAGUGGCGUGCGAACACAUCAACAGUUGCUAGGACAUUUGGUCCCGCUUUGAAAACCGAUUAUGCAUCGCUGCUUUGGUCAUCGACUUUUGUACAUUUUUUUUGCUUGUCGCUUUUAAAAUUUGACCAUUAAUAUUAUUAUCAGACUGUAGACUGUAGAGUUUCCGUUGGACCGAGAGUAAUUUGGACCGGUGAGUGAGGACAAGGUCUGCCAGAUUAGAUAAAUUUUAAAACUUUUUUUUAGUAAUAGCUAUUCGACGGUUAGUGCGAUGUGUGUGGAAAGAACUGUCCGAAAAUAAAAUGCUGUUGUUUAUUAGUAAUACCAAUAUAAUUUAUGGAACUCUUAAGCGAGUAGUAAUAGAAAUAAAUUCGCUAAUAGAUUAGUCAUUACAGAACACAAAAAGAGAAAUCGUAAAACUUGGUAGAAUUCCCCUUUUAAAAAAGCAUCUUUAAACAUUACAAGUGGAUAAAGUAAAAGUAAAACAAAAACAGUUGUUAUCUAUUAAUCGUUUCCCGUUUCGGAUUACAGCCGCCCUUAACAAAAUUUAGAAAGAAGUAUAAAACAAGAAAACUAUCCACAGACUUAGAUAACGUUAUAUUUGAAAUCGAACGAAAAUGUAGUGAACAGACUAUUAUUACUUGCACUCUGAUGGUAGCCGGGGUUGAUUAUUAAAAUGCGUUUCUAGUAGAAAACGGCCGUAAACGAAACAGCGCUCCGCAAAGAUCUGAAUUUAAGGAAUGCGUGUAUGAUGCAGCACCACAGUUGAAGACUGAUGUGUAUGAGUAAUGCAAGGAUUAUGAAUUCUACUUGUUGAGGAAAACCAGAAAAAAGGGGAAAUAUAUUCAACUGAAGAUAUGUAAACUA